AUGAACGUCAGUAGCAACUUGGAAGAAAUCAUUAAACUUACGAGGGCAUCUCAAGCUCUUUUUAUGUCAUCUGGUCUUAUUAUUUUCAUUAUUGGAACAUUUGGAAAUUUAGCCAAUAUUAUAUUGUUUAUUCGUCUGGAAAGUCUAAAAACAUUAGCAAGUUCAAUGUUUUUACUAGCAUCGUUCUUUGGCAAUGAGUCUGUAUUGAUUUUUGGCUUAUUACCCCGCGUCAUUCAAGGUUUCCAAUACUAUGAUUUUCUUGGCUAUUCAGCAUUUCUGUGUAAGGCACGUUGGUACUUGAGAACCGUAAGCGCUACAUUCGCACUGACCUCUGUAUGCUUUGCUUCUGUGGAUCGCUAUUUAGUUUCAUGUGUCAACGUACAUCUUCAACGAUUUACUACUUUAAACCGAGCUCGUUGGACUAUUUUGAUUGCUGCUAUCUUUUGGCUCGUCGUUCUCUCGCCAUUUACCGUAUUUUAUACAACAACAGCACAGUCAUGUUUUAUUGCCGAUGUAAUCUUCGCAAAAUUUGCAUCGUAUUACAGUUUAUUUUUCUACAGCAUACUACCAUUCAGUAUUUUAUCGAUUUUCAGUGCAUUGACUUGGCGAAAUUUAGGUGUACAACAAGCAAUAUAUGUGCGCGCAGGUGGUCGUUUAUACGAUCAAAUUACUCGAAUGCUUAUUGCACAAAUUAUUGUCCUUGUUUUUACAAGUUUCCCGAAUGCCAUAUUUCAACUAUAUACCAUAUUAACAAGCACAUCAUCGACAUUUUCAUUACAUUAUGCACAAGAUAAUUUGGCCAAUGACAUAUGUUUGGUCGUUGGUGAUCUUACUUUUGCUCUACCAUUCUAUGUUUAUUGGAUUGCUUCACCAAUCUUUCGAAAAAAUGUUAAAUCAAUGUUGCUAAUCCGUCGUCGAAUUACGCCACCAACGAACAUUCAAAUAGCGUGA